AUGUCUCCAGAGCCCCUCUAUUCUCGUGCCAAGAUUCCGUCGGCUAAGAGAAGCGAAAAGGGCUAUGGGGACGGGAACCGAAACCUCUACAUAAAAGAUGACGUUGAGAUGUGUCAUGUGACCAAGUUUGAUUCUUUUAAGAGUUCGGCCGGAGACCGGAAUGCCUAUAACCUUGCAGGCGGAAAAACGGGGUUUGAUUUCCAAGAGACCAAGCUACCGACCUACUGGAGCACACCUUUCUCCAAAAUCUGUCUUGGCAUGAAGAUCGGCCACCAGAUCAAGUUCAUCGUAAUCAACAAGCACGCCAAUUCUCUCUACUCACUGAUCGCUGACGGGCAUUACCGCGCAACCUCACUGGGUCGUAACACGUGGAAGACGCUGAUUGGCUCACAGGCUUCCUUGCAGUACAACUGUAACAAGGAAGGGUUCAAUGAUGUGGAUACUUCUAGUUCCCAUUCGAAGGCAAGAAUCGGUAUCAUUAGUAACAACGGAAAUGACUGCAGCAGCUGUGAUUUCAGAAUGGGAUUUGGUACAGGAGGAUAUCCUGAAGACUCAAGCACGUGUGGGAACGAGGCAAAACACGAAACAGAUAAUGGAGACAAAAAAAUUAAAACCGUGGGUUACAUCUUGGUGCAGUGA